AUGGACCCAAAUACAAAUAAUAAAUGGGCAGCUAUAGGAAUAUUAAGUAAUGUAGGAAAAGACUUUAUAGCGGGUUCAGUAGGUGGAAUGUCAUCAGUAAUGGCAGGCCACCCAUUUGAUACAAUUAAAGUAAUGUUACAAGAUGCUUCAGGUAAUUUACCAAAAUUUAAGAAUGGUUAUCAAGCAUUAAAAUAUACAAUUAAAGUGGACGGUUUUAAAGGCAUUUAUAGGGGUUUAUCAGUCCCGUUAAUUUCAGUGUCAUUUACAAACUCGAUUUUCUUUGCGACUAAUAACUUUUUUCAAAAUUUUUUUCAUCCACCUUCAAAUAUACCGGGUGAAGAGAAUUUAAUACCUUAUCACAAAGCUGCAGCGGCAGGAGCGAUAGCAGGUGGUGUUAUAUCAUUAUUUAUUACACCAAGAGAUUUUAUUAAAUCAAAAUUACAAGUUCAAGGUAGACCUUUUGGAUCAACUAAUGUUUCAAUUCAAUAUAAAGGACCUGUCGAUGUAAUUAGAAAAACAAUUAAAAAUCAUGGUUUUUUCGGAAUGUUUAAAGGUAUAAGAUCCACUUUUUGUCGUGAUGUACCAGGUGAUGCUGCUUAUUUUGUAGUGUACGAGUUUAUGAAAAGAAAGUUAUUAGCUAUCUCUAAAAAGAAACAAGAAGAGAAAAACAAAUUAAAUGGUGUUGAUGCAGCAUUAUCACCAAUUAAUAGUAAAACAGGAGUACCAGCAUGGGUAGCCAUAGGUGCUGGUGGUUGUGCAGGUAUGUCUUUUUGGGCCUCAAUUUAUCCAAUGGAUGUAAUCAAAACUAGAAUUCAAACACAACCAGAUCACCUACCACAGCAAUAUACUGGCGUUAUUCAAUGUGCCACCAAACUUUACCGUGAGGAAGGUAUCUCUGUUUUCUUUAGAGGCUUUGGUGCUACAAUUCUUAGAUCAUUCCCUACAAGUGCCAUGAAUUUCCUAAUGUACGAAACUACUAAAAACUUAUUACAUUCAAAAUUUAAUACAAAAGAUGAAGAUGAACAUAUUUAUAAUGCUGAAUAA